AUGAAGCUCACCACCCUCGUCCUCCUCGCUACCGGCGCUCUCGCCCUUCCCAACCCUAUCCCUGCCCCUGAGGCCGCUUUUGAGGUCGUCAACAUCACCGAGCGCGACAUCGAGCCCCGCGCUGCAUACUGGACUUGGACCCCCUACAACGGCGCGUCCUCCUGCACCGGCACCCCCACAGCAGGCGGCGUGGUGGGCUACUCCAGCUCCCCCUGCCGCAACCAAUACGGUGCCAUCUCCCGCGUCAAGAUCACGUCCGACUUCUGCACCGUCACCGCCUACAACAGCCCCAACUGCCCCAGCCGCGAGUUCGGUACCACCUACGGCUAUGGCACCAACAUUUGCGCUGGCGGAGUGGCAUAUCAGAGCUUCAAGGUCAACUGCGUUUGA